AUGCACUCAGAGGACAGUGACUAUGAUGAUGAUGAGAUAGAGGAUUUGUUUGAGAGUGCUGUCAAUAGGAGAGUCGAGAAAACUGUGUCUCGAACGGCGUUACCUGUACAAAGAACGCUUGACGGCCAUGUGCUUCCAAAUCAGCAGCUUUUUUACGAGGAGAUUAAGGCCAAAACGUCUUUUGGUCGCACUCAUCAUAUACUAGAUGAGACCAAUUUGAGCACUUACGUGUAUCCUUCGAAUUUUGAAGAGCGUGAUUAUCAAUUUGAGAUAGUACGGAAGGCUUUAUUUGAAAAUGUGAUAUGUGCCAUUCCAACAGGAACUGGUAAAACUUUCAUAGCCAGUGCUGUGAUGCUCAAUUUUUUCAGAUGGACCAAGAAUGCAAAGAUUAUCUUCACUGCGCCAACACGACCGCUUGUUGCCCAACAAAUUCAAGCCUGUUUAGGAGUUACCGGUAUACCUUACGAGGACACUGCUAUUUUAUUGGAUAAAUCUCGCAAAAACAGAGUUGAAAUUUGGAACUCUAAGAGGGUCUUUUUCACCACGCCGCAGGUCAUUGAAAAUGAUUUAAAGAGGGGAGUCUUGAAUCCUAAGGAUGUGGUUUGUCUUGUGAUCGAUGAAGCGCAUAGGGCACGGGGAGCAUAUUCUUAUGUAGAGGUGAUCAAGUUUAUGGACAGGUUCAAUACUUCUUAUCGCAUUUUGGCUUUGACUGCUACUCCCGGGGCUGAUCUCGAAGGUGUUCAAGAAGUUGUAAACAAUCUCAACAUAUCACGAAUUGAACUCAGAACAGAGAAUGACAUUGACCUCUCGAGGUAUAUGAAGAAUAGAGAGCUGGUGGAGCUAGACGUUAGUCUCACGCCUGAAAUUGAAGAUAUAAUAGAGCAAUUAGGGAUAGCGAUAAUGCCCGUUUUGAAGGAAGCUGUGGAGCUUGGAAUUUACGAUGAGUGCCAUCCUUCACAAAUCAACGCCUUCGUUGCAUUUCAAAAAAGUCAAAAAAUCGUGGCAAAUCCAACCAUCCCCGAGGGGGUUAAGUGGAGGAAUUUUUUCAUUUUGCAAGUCUUGAGCCAUAUGGGACAUAUGCUGAAGAGGCUCAAGAUUUAUGGAAUACGGACUUUUUACAGCUAUUUUGAGAAUAGGCAUAAAGAAUUUACAACGAAGUUCAAGAUUGGGAAAUCUACGAAUAAAACGGCCGCUUCAUUUUAUUAUAAUCCCAUUUUGAAUUGCAUUAUGAAAAAAUGCACUCAGCUUCUCACUGAAACCACUUUUCUAAGUCACAACAAGUUGCGCCAUGUGUCCGACGAACUCCACGAGUUUUUCAAAAAUUGUAGACACGACUCCAGGGCCAUCAUUUUUACAGAGUUGAGAGAAUCGGCUCUGGAAAUUGUUAAAUUCAUCGAUUCUAUUGGUCAAAACGAUCUGAACCCUCACAUUUUCAUUGGGCAGGCCCGUGGAAAGGAUGGAUUUGAUGAUGAAGACUAUCUACUGAAACAUAAGCCCAAAGGGCGGAAAAAGGCUGACAGAAUUAAGCGACAGCAAGAAGGGCUCAAAAUGGAACGAAAGAAGAAAGAAAGUAGGGAAGAAAAAAGACUAGAAAGAUUGGCGAGCCGGACUGGUAGCUCAGAAGAGGCCCAAAUUUCCGGAAUGAAUCAAAAGCAACAGAAAGAUAUACUAUCCAAAUUCAAAGAAGGGGUCUACAAUGUUCUUGUUUGCACCUCUAUAGGAGAGGAGGGCCUGGAUAUAGGGGAGGUGGAUUUGAUCAUUUCUUAUGACACGACAAGUAGUCCCAUCAAAAACAUACAACGGAUGGGUAGAACAGGCAGAAAAAGAGACGGCCGGGUUGUUUUUCUUCUUAGCGGUAACGAAUCAACAAAGUUCCAUCAGUCAAUGCGUGAUUAUGCAGAAUUGCAAUCAAUUGUGAAACGUAAUUUCAUUGAGUGCCAGAAGUCAGACCGUAUCCUUCCCGGAAAUGUAAGCCCGACCUGCGAAAGAAAGUUUAUUACCGUCGGUGAAAGGAAUGAAGAAGUAAACGACAUGACGGAGGCAGAUGACGUUAUCAAGUUUGCUACGCAGGCUAUGCUGGGGAAACUGAGUACGAAAAGGAGACCAGCAAGAAGGACGAAUAAAUCCGAACCUAAAUUUGAGAAAAGGUUCUUCAUGCCCGAUAAUGUCGAAACGGGAAUUGUCAAGGCAAGUUCUCUGGUUAAUAAAGCCACGGUUGGUGGCCAGCCGUCGGCUCAGCUGUCGGAUCCUGAAGUUCAGCAGGAGCCCGCAGCAGACGACUUCCGUCAUCCAAUCCUAGACGAUAUUACAUUCACUUCACCGGACAUUUCUCCGGGCAAAUCUCCAGAGGAAGAGAAAAAACUCUUACAAUCUCCAACGAAUCUGUUGGACGCUUUGACACGUCAUAAACCUUCGUUGCAUUUUGAGCCCAACGACCUCUCGUCGGAGCGCAAAGAGUUCUCAUCAGAAAGUGCGGAUCUCUCGCUCAAAAGACCACUGGACUCCUGCACGUCCUUUGAGUUAUCGGACGACUUGCAAUCCAGCAGGGGCAAUGCUCCUGUGAAGAAGUUUCGCCAUGACAACGAUGCGACCGCCAACGUUCCGCGAUCGAAAGCAUUGGACUCCACGAGACUUUAUAAGAAGCAUUUCAAGAAGACUGACGGUUUAUUAAGCUCACAGGAAAAACGUUACUUCGAAAGACAUUAUUUUGCAUGCAGUGGUGUUUCAAUUGAGCCCAUUCCAAGCAUUACGCAGCACCAUAGAAUGAGUACGAUACACCAUUCAUCAAGAACCGCGGCACUUAUCGAAAUAUUCGAAGCCAUGGACCAGAACACGAAACAGGCAAUCCAAAACAUAUCCAACAUUAAAGGGAUUGCUGCCAAAAUUGGUCCCCUGGGUUCGAGCGCGGACGGCUCGAUCGGCCCCAGCGUUGUGCUCGUUUCCGACUGGAACAAGUCGGAAGUGGCUCAAAAUUUACCGAACAAGCCGGCAUCAGCUGGCGGAUGGCAUGAGCAUCUCCACCAAAACGCGCCUGUAUCGCAAUAUAAACCUGCUGACCCCGAACUGUUCCAACUUCUAGACUCAGACUUGUCUGACUUCUGA